AUGCCCCCAUCUCGGAGUAUCGCCGUCGCGAGCCGACUCCAGCCAAGUUACCAAGCCAUAGCGAUUUCUCGGAACCCGGCAGUCCUUCAGGAACUAACCAGGCAAGGCUUCAGCGCUAUCCGGCUGGUUUUCACCAACAAGGAGAACAUGGCACAAUGCAAGUGGGAGGUCGAAAAGCUCACAGGCGGCCAUGUCGACACUCUAACCAACAAGGCGUGA